CACGGGGCUCCCUGCCUCAUGUCGUCUCUCUCCCUACAGCCUGGUGCCACCCUGGCCGCAGCAUGGAGUGCUGGCCCUGUCCUCGCCCGUCGGGCUCCACUGAGCAGCCGUUGCCUCAGCCCGUGGAGCGCCCAGGGGCUGCCUGUGCCCUGUAGCCCCCGCUGGCUGGAGCAGAGCUGUGCCUGUGGGCAUGGAGAGGAUGAGCUGGCUCAGCAAGCUGCACCCCCGGGCAGCAGGGCACCGAGCCAGCCGUGGCGCCAGCCUGCAGAGCCCCGUAACGGCUGACCCCGAGACCUGCCUCAUGGUCUUCAAGAACCACUGGUGCCAGGUGCUGAGGGUCCUGGAGAAGCAGGGCCCCAAGCCGGGUCCGGGCACAGCGGACGACGCGAGCGCCGUGCGGAACAACACCUAUCAGAUGCUGACCCUGCUGGCAGAGGAGCGGGCGGGCGCUGGGAUGGGCGCAGGGCCUAUCCUGCAGCUGGUGCUGGCGGAGAACCUGCUCGAGCGCCUCCUGCACUGGCACCUGCAGCGGGAUGGCAGCGAGGAGCAACGGGCGGAGCAGCUGAAGCUCUACGAGAUGCUGAUCAGCCAGAGCCACCAGCCCCUGCUGCGCCACCCUCCCGUGCGGCGCCCGCUGCUGCACCUGCUGAGCCUGUGCGCCGAGCCGGCCUCGCCCGGCCUGCAGACCAGCCUGGUGCUGCUGCUCAACCAGCUCUGCGACUGCGUGGCCAAGGACCCGGCGCUCCUGGAGCUCUUCUUCCACCGGCCCACGGAGCAGGGCCCCGGCGACCUGCUGCUCUUCUCCCUGCUCGUCCCCUUCAUCCACCACGAGGGGCCCACCGGGCAGCAGGCCCGUGAUGCCCUGCUGCUGCUCCUGGCCAUGGCCGCCGGCAACUGCGCCGUGGCCACCUACAUCACCGACAGCUCCUACUUCUGCCCGGUCCUCGCCACGGGCCUCAGUGCCCUCUACUCCUCGCUGCCCCGCAAGAUCGAGGUUCGGGCGGACGACUGGCACUGCCUGCGCCGUGAGGACUGGAUGGGGGUGCCCGCGCUCGUCCUCUUCAUGAACUCGCUGGAGUUCUGCAACGCCGUCAUCCAGGUUGCCCACCCGCUGGUGCAGAAGCAGCUGGUGGAUUACGUCCAUAACGGCUUCCUGGUGCCUGUGAUGGGCCCAGCCCUGCACAAGACGGCGGUGGAGGAGCUGAUGGCCAGCACGGCGUACCUGGAGCUGUUCCUGCGCAGCGUCAGCGACCCGGCCCUGCUCCAAACCUUCCUGCGCUUCAUCCUGCUGCACCAGCAUGACCACAGCACCAUCCUCGACACGCUCGUCGCCCGCAUCGCCGCCAACUCCCGGCUCUGCAUGGUGUCUCUGAGUCUCUUCCGCACGUUGCUGAACCUGAACUGCGAGGACGUGAUGCUGCAGCUGGUGCUCAGGUACCUGAUCCCCUGCAGCCACGUCAUGCUGAGCCAGAGGCGGGCAGUGAAGGACCUGGACAUCUACGGCAAGACGGCCGCCAAGUUCCUGUCGCUGAUCCCGCGCUGCUGCCGGACUGAGAGUCUGUCCACGCCCGACCAGGAGGAGCAUGCCACCUGGGCCAAAGCCCACGGGAGCCCCACCGUGGACACCUCUUCCGUGGUCACGGUGCCUAAGCCCUCCACCCCUUCCCGCCUCGCCUUCUUCAUGCGCCAGCAGAGCUGCAGCUCGGAGUCGGGGAGCCCGGCGCCCCGCUCGCCCGGCCUGACCACGCCCAGCGGGAGCCCCUGCCACCGCCCGGCCAGGUGGGAGGAGGUGGCGGAGCUGGAUGGGAACUACCUGGAGUACCUGCGGGACGCUCAGCUCAGCGUGGAGCAGUGUGUGCUGGCCUGCCGUGUCUGGUCAGCCCCCUACGACGGGGAACGGCCGAGCCCUGGCCCCCCCGGCCCCACCACCCCACACACUAAGAAGAGGGGCCUGCCAGAGGAGGUGGGCGGGGCACCCGGGACUCCCAGCAGCAAUGAGCCCCGCGCCGGCCCCCCCGUGCCCGAUGUCGAGGACUCGGCGCCCCUCCUGAACGGGGCCCCCGGGUCGGAGCCGAGCCGGCCGGACAGGCCAGACGGUGAUGUGGCAGUGAAGAAGGUGCGCUGGGGUCACCCCUCCGCCGGCUCGGAGCGGGAGCAGAGGGGGCCCAAGACCCAGGUGGAGAAUGGCUCUCCCACCACCCUGGCCCCGGCCCUGGCCUGGGAGCAGCCGUCCGUGGACUCCCUGAUCGACGAGCUGCUGGCCCAGGUGCCCGGCGAGCCCAACGGCUCUAGCUUGAGCAUCGAGAGCUUCUCGCAGGAGCUGCGGGAGCUGGAGGCAGAGCUGCAGAGGGGGGCUGGGCAGUCGCCCGCUGGGCCCCUCUCUCCGGGGGAGCAGGAGGAGGCUGAGGAGAGGUUCUCCGAGCGCCCGGCUCCGCUCACCUCGGGGGGGGCCCCAGUGCAUUGCUGGCCGCCGGAGCCCCUGGCCCAGCUUGUCAGCAGCCCCCUGCGUGCUGCGGGGCAGCCGCCCAGCCAGCCCUUCACAGGUCCCUUCGUGGCCGUGCUGCUGGCGAAGCUGGAGAACAUGGUGCAGAACUCGCUGUACGUGAACGUGCUGCUGACGGGGCUGGUGGCGCGACUCGCCUGCUACCCACAGCCCCUGCUCCGCUCCUUCCUGCUCAACACCAACAUGGUCUUCCAGCCCAGUGUCAAGUCCCUGCUGCAGGUCCUGGGCUCGGUGAAGAACAAGAUCGAGAACUUCGCCGCCAGGCAGGACGACUUCCCCGCCCUGCUCUUCAAAGCCCGCAAGUACCUGCUCGCCCGCGGCCAGCUGGACUGGGCCGAUGCCCCCAACGCCGCACCGGCCCUGCGCCGCUCCGAGACGUUGGGUAGGGCUGGGGCCCGGGGGGGGGGGGCUGCCACCUGCAUCUGGCCUGUUCUGCCCCCGGACUGAACCGGCCCACCACUG